ACUAUUGCUUGUCAUUGCUUUUCGGCAACUCACAAACAACUUGGAAAUUUUCCCGAAAGCGCCGAAAGUAUAUAAAUAGUAGAGACAUGGAGACACUGCUGGGAAUCAAGGGCCCCGACUUCGUGAUGCUGGCGGCGGACACCACCCACGCCCGCUCCAUAAUCGUGAUGAAAGAGGAUCAGAACAAAAUCCACAAGGUCUCGGAUAAUCUGCUUAUAUCGACCGUCGGCGAGUCGGGCGACACGGAGCAGUUCACCGAGUUCAUUGCCAAGAACAUAGCCUUGUACAAGAUGCGCAACGGCUACGAUUUGAGUCCACAUGCGUCGGCCCAUUUCACGCGCAAAAAUCUGGCCGAAUAUCUUCGCAGUCGCACGCCCUAUCAGGUCUAUAUGUUUGUGGCCGGCUACGAUCCCAUCGAGGGCCCCGAGCUUAACUUCAUUGACUACCUGGCCAAUGCGAUGCCCGUGAAUUAUGCCGGUCAUGGCUAUGGUGCAGUCUUCGCAUCCAGCAUCUACGAUCGCUACUGGCACCCCAACAUCACCCAGGACGAGGCCUACGAGGUCUUCAAGAAGUGCAUCGUCGAGAUCCAGAAGCGUUUGGUCGUCAACCUCAAGAACUUCACCGUCGCCGUGGUGGACAAGGAUGGUGUGCGGAACUUGGAACCCAUCAGCUCAUCUAGCCUGGCCGCUUAGUUAGGUUUCGAUUUAAGCAUUCUAAAUGCACAGUUUUCUAAUAAAAUGCGUCUGGAUUUUGGUACGAAACUGAUGAUAAUACUAU